AUGGGAAAUCCAAGUAAUGUGACUGAAUUCAUCCUUUUGGGCAUUGCAGAGAACCCAGAGCUGCGGAAAAUGCUUUCUGUUGUGUUCCUAAUCAUGUAUGUGUCCACAGUUUUGGGAAACCUACUCAUUGUGGUAACUGUGAUCACAAGUCAGCGUCUGAGAUCGCCAAUGUAUUUUUUCCUUAUUUCCUUGUCCCUUUUGGACGUUACUUACUCUUCUGUUAUUGCCCCCAAGAUGAUUGUGGACUCCCUCUCCAAGACCACUACUAUCUCCUUAGAAGGCUGCCUGACCCAGCUCUUUGCAGAGCAUUUCUUUGGUGGUGUGGGGAUCAUCAUUCUCAUUGUUAUGGCCUAUGACCGCUAUGUGGCCAUCUGUAAGCCCUUGCACUACACAAUUAUUAUGAGCCCUCGGGUAUGCUGCCUGUUGCUGGGAGGGGCUUGGGUGGGAGGGUUUAUCCAUGCAGCAAUACAGCUUCUCUUCAUGUAUCAAAUACCCUUCUGUGGUCCCAAUGUCAUCGACCACUUUAUAUGUGAUUUGUUUCCCUUGUUGAAACUUGCCUGCAUGGACACCCACACCCUGGGUCUCUUAGUCAUCCUCAACAGUGGGGUGAUGUGUGUGACCAUCUUCCUUAUCCUUAUUACCUCCUACAUGGUCAUCCUCUGCUCCCUGAGGUCUUGCAGCUCUGAAGGACGGCGCAAAGCCCUCUCCACCUGUGGCUCCCAUCUCACUGUGGUCAUCUUGUUCUUUGUGCCAUGCAUUUUCCUGUAUGUGCGACCUGUGGCCACUUACCCCAUAGACAAAGCAAUGGCUGUGUCUGAUUCCAUCAUCACACCCAUGUUGAAUCCCUUGAUCUAUACCCUGAGGAAUGCUGAGGUGAAAAAUGCCAUGAGGAAACUGGGAAAACGAAGGACUUUUGUAGACAAGUGA